AUGACUAGCAGUAUUAGAAGAAGUCAACCCGUUACUCGCGAUUUUCCAUGGAAGGUUCAUGUUCCAGUUGAGGUUGAUUGGCAAUGGAUUGGAAGUUCAGGUUUGAUGGAGGCUAUGGAGCCUUAUCUUGACAAGGUAUUCAAUGGAGUUCAAGGGCAGUUUAUGUGUUUGGGAUGGAGGCGAAUUUUUGAGAUUCAAGAGGUGUUUUACAAAGAGUUGGUGUAUGAAUUUCUUGCCACCGUAUCUUUUGCAAGAAUAGAUGGAAUUUAUGUGGAUGAUAAUCUUAUUUUUUUGCCUUGGAGGGGAAAGGCGUUCCUUAAGCCUACAUGA